AUGGCGGUUGUACUCCAGGGCAACAUUAACCGGAGUCGAGUUGCUCACGACCUCCGGGAGCAGAUCUCGCUCGAGAAAGCCGCUGAUAUAAUUCUUAUCAGUGAGCAAUAUCGUGCGAGAGAUGGUCCAGGAUGGUAUGAGGACACUCUUGGUACGGCGGCAAUAUGGAUCCCGAAUCGACAACGAUUUCCUGUUGCUGACCUUGGAUCGGACAGCGGGUUCGUUUGGGUGAAGAGCAGCGACGUGACUUAUGUCAGCUGUUACUUCACACCAAACGAACGUAUUGCGGAUUUCCAGGCUAAACUCGAUGGCCUGGAGGACGCUGUCCGUGAGAUGGAGGGCGAACUGGUAGUGGCCGGAGAUUUUAACGCUUCUCGGGGUGGGCGGCUCUCGGAAAUGGUGUCAAGAGUAGGGCUGGUGGUGUUGAACACCUGCUCGUCGACCACAUUCCGGAGGCCAGGCUACAGAGAGACAAUUAUAGAUGUCUCUCUGUCCACGGAACGUUUGGCAUCGCGUGUCGAGGACUGGAUGGUGAUCGAAGACUAUACAGCCAGCGAUCACCAAUACAUUACGUUUCGCGUACGUGAUGUAAUCCCAGUCCGGAGCAAUACACCAAAAGCUCCUGCCAAGUGGAACGGCAACAAGAUGGACCCCCAAAAGCUAUCUCCGGCCCUAAUACGCGGCCAGUAA